AUGUCGGCGCUCGGGCUUCGCAGGUGCACAAAAUCCCACAUCGUUCCUAUUGUCAUGGCCGGUAUCAUUGGCAUUUACGGGUUGGUUGUCUCGGUCUUGAUAGCGAACGACUUGGGUCAGGACAAAUCGUUGUACACCGGCUUUAUUCAACUUGGUGCUGGAUUGUCCGUCGGUCUUGCUGGAUUGGCCGCAGGAUUCGCUAUCGGAAUCGUUGGUGACGCUGGUGUCCGUGGAACUGCACAACAACCCCGUCUUUUCGUCGGAAUGAUUUUGAUCCUCAUUUUCGCUGAAGUCCUGGGUCUAUACGGACUGAUUGUUGCACUUCUCAUGAACUCCCGUGCAACGCAAGGUGUUACAUGCUAA